UGUUUCUGCUCCGCUGAUUUCCGUGGGACUCCGGUUUGUAGCCCUAAGUGUCUGGCGGCAGCUGCUGUUGUGUGGGCUGCAGGCCACUGAGAGAAAAAUCUUCCCUAGAUUUGGGUCCCGCUGGCCAUUAUUUGAACGCCGAGACUGGAUUUACUCCCCCUUCUAAGGCAAAGGAAGUUAAGUCCCCAGGUGUGAUUCUGUCACACCCUCUUGUUUAGCUAGGGAGGGUUGGAUGGAAUUGACCGCGAAGGUGCCUGUUGAGCAACUGGAGAGCAGCUUAUUCCUCUUGUCUCUCCUUCCUCCUCCAAGUUCCACUUGUUCCUUCUGGGCGCAGCCCAAGGUGCUGCAUAUGAAGAGAAAUAGAUCUGGGUUAGAAAAGUGAAUGUGGCUGCAUUGGGAGUUUUUCCAGAUAACCACUCCUGAAGACUAAUUUUAUUCAUGAAAGAUUAAAUGGUGGAACACUUAUUGCACAGAAUCCCAUCCGACUGGGGUAGUUGUGUAGAAUUUCAGUGUGUGACAUAUGAUGGGGAAUAAGCACACUGUUCCGUACGAAUCAAUUUUUGCUACUGCUGGUUGCGAUAAUAAUUAAAGGACAUCCAAGUUGAGAAAAUGAGAGCUAUACCAUCAUUUUACCUCUCUAAAUGCAAGUACUCUAGAAACAUAUACAAAUAGCAAAAAAAAGUGGUAUGAUUUUUGUGAAAGCAUUUUAGCUGGUCAGGGAUUAUGAAAAGAUUUUGAAGGUAGCCCAUUAAGAGAAAAGUUAGGUUCUCUUCUGAGGAAAAUUUUGCCACACCAGCUUGCAAAUAGGACUUUGCUACACUUUAACAUAUGCAGUCAGUUUAAACCCCCCACUUUUUAAAAUGUCCUAAUCUACUAUAUUGUUAUAAAUAAUACAAGAGAUUGGGGAAUGUGUUAUUUACAUUUUACUUUGUGUAUUUACUGUAUUUCUUGUAGAAUUCGUUUAAUAGUUUCCCCUAUUGUGUGCGAGAGAGUGUGUGUGGGGGAGGGGGGAAUCUGAUAGCCAAAAGGGAGAGAAAUAUUUACAAUUAGAAAAUUCAAAUGUACAUGUAUUCCUGGUAGGGGUAAAUAUAAUGAAACUUUUUAACACUGACUAGAUGUCAAAUUUACUGUGUCCCUUUAAAACACUGUAUGGUAGUAAAAGUGUAUGUGACUUUGACUUUUAUUUCAUUGACAGUAGAAAGAUGUCUUUUCUUUGGAAAGAGUCUGUGGAAGUCAGUGAGUUGACUAGUGUGAGAGACUUCUACUAGUUACCUGGGCCAUGUCUUCUCCAAGGAUAAUUGUGAAGAAUUCCCUGCAUUGUUAACAUUAAUUCAGUUUCUGCACCAGUCUAGUUAAACUUUGUGAUAGCAGGGUUAGAUGACAUAGUGCUGAAAACAGUGUUAGUAACAGAAACUACAUUUUCACUAAAACUCUGAGUAUUGCUAAAUUCGAUUAAUCUGAACUGGUGUUGGCAAUAAUGGGAAUUUUUUUCAAAAGGUUCUCUAGUGUCGACAGGGACAUAGAGGGUGUGAUCUAGAACUUAGUAUAACUGUAUAGGAAGCCAGAACUAUUACUGUUGUGUGAGCUUGGGCAUGACAGUUACCCACUUUAACCUUGUAUGCUUGAUCUGGGACAGUUCCACAGAUUUGUCACCAAAAAGAAUGUCUUAGAUAUGGGAAUUUCCCUCACAUCCUCUACAGUGAAGUCUGAUCCAAAGAAUUAAUUUAACUUGGCCGCAAUGGCUUUGUCUUCCUUGAGUGCUUCUUUAGCAUCUUGAUCAUCCAGUAGCUCCGCCGAUUGUUUGGCUGGCUUCCUGUUUCUGAUGUGCUUAAAAUUUUUACUGUUUGCUAGUUGCUCUGCAGUUUGUUUUUUGGCCUGACUAAUUAUACUUUUACACUUGACUUGCCAGAGUUUAUGUUCAGUAACAUCUGUUUCACAGAGCAGUGAUUGAUGUGUUGUUGUUUCCAUCAAUUGACUUGCUUUUUAUUUUAUAACCUCUUUAUUGUUAUCCUUUCCCAUUCAGAGCCACCUACAGUCAGUAAAGAAUAAAAAGUGUGUCUUAUGUGUCCGUCUUUUGAUGGCAGAGUUGUUAAAAGAGCAUCAAUUCACUCUGUGGGUUUUAAAAAAUAUUUUUUUUUAUACUAUAGCUACAAAUCAGUGGUUUCUUCCUGCUGUUAGAGGAGAUAUUCCUCCAGGCUGUGCAGCACAUGGGUUUGUCUGUGAUGGUACCAGAAUAUUAGUGUUUGGAGGAAUGGUUGAAUAUGGAAGAUACAGUAAUGAUUUAUAUGAAUUACAGGCAAGUCGAUGGCUGUGGAAAAAAGUAAAACCUCAGCCUCCAUCUAUUGGUUCACUACCUUGUCCUCGACUUGGCCAUAGCUUUUCUUUAUAUGGUAACAAGUGUUAUUUAUUUGGUGGCCUGGCAAAUGAAAGUGAAGAUUCAAACAAUAACAUUCCCAGAUAUUUAAAUGAUUUCUAUGAACUGGAGCUGCAACAUGGUUCUGGAGUCAUAGGCUGGAGCAUUCCAAUGACCAAAGGGAUCUUGCCUUCUCCUCGAGAAUCCCACACAGCCAUUGUGUAUUGCAGAAAAGAUUUGGGAAAUCCAAAGAUGUAUAUUUUUGGAGGGAUGUGUGGCUGUCGACUUAAUGACCUUUGGGAGCUUGACAUAGAAACAAUGACCUGGUCAAGACCAGAAACUAAGGGGAUGGUGCCACUUCCUCGCAGUCUCCAUACAGCCAAUGUAAUAGGAAACAAAAUGUAUAUUUUUGGUGGCUGGGUUCCACAGACUGUGGAGGAUGAGAUUUCUGCUCAUGAUGGUGAAUGGAAGUGCACCAGUUCAUUUUCUUAUCUAAAUUUGGAUACCAUGGAAUGGAUAGCUCUAAUCUCAGAUUGUCAGGAAGACAGAAAGAACUUGUUACCCGGGCCAAGAGCUGGGCACUGUGCUGUGGCUGUCGGCACUCGUCUGUACAUCUGGAGUGGUAGAGAUGGUUACAGAAAAGCUUGGAACAAUCAAGUUUGCUGCAAGGAUCUUUGGUAUUUAGAUACAGAGAAACCGCCAGCACCAUCACAGGUACAGCUGAUCAGAGCUACAACUAAUUCUUUUCAAGUAAAAUGGGAUGAAGUUCCUACAGUUGAAGGGUAUCUUCUUCAGUUAAAUGCUGACUCCCCAGUGCCUACAGUGACUGGUGGAAUUGUGGUUCCUGAGACUGCUCUGCUGAAUUCACAAGGAAUCAAGUUGGAUCUUCACAGCCAAACAAAUCACAUGGUUCCUAAUAAUGUACAAGUUACAUCUAAUUCAUUACUAAAACUAGAAGCUAAAGAAAAUAUUACUGAACCUGAAAACAUUACUACACAAGAAGCUACAAAGAAAAACCAUCUAGAUUCUAGAGGAUUCAAAGAGUCAAAUGCCCCCUCACUUUUGCCAGCAUGCACUUUAGGUCCUCAGACUUCAGCAAAUGUAGCUGAAUUACAUGACUUGGACAUACGAACUGUAAAUCCUGAUGCUUCUGUAUCCAGUACUGUCUCCAGCACACAAACUAUGGUAACCCAGCAGGCUGUUAAAACUGAGUCAUCAAGUACAAAUGGGGCAGUUGUUAAAGAUGAAACUUCACUAACAACAUUCAGUUCAAAAUCUGAAGUUGCUGAAACUACUUUUAUAAUGCCUUCAACCAAGGUCAGCACUGGUCACACAAAUAACUCGACUGUGCACUUAUCUAAAACUACUCCACUAAGGCAGAUUGCAACAGUGAAAACAAGAGAACGACAGUGGUACGAUGUGGGAAUUUUUAAAAGCAGCACUGCUUUGGUGGGCCAGUACUUUUUGUUGCCAGAAGAAAAAUCAAGCAUCUCCAACAAGGUGGAAAAUGCAGAUGUCCCAGACUACAGUUUACUUAAGAAACAGGAUCUCUUUCCAGGCACUGUGUACAGGUUCAGGGUUGCUGCAAUUAAUGGCUGUGGUGUCGGUCCUUUCAGUAAAGUCAGUGAAUUUAAAACCUGCAUUCCGGGUUUUCCUGGGGCACCUUCAACAGUCAGAAUCACCAAGAAUGUAGACUGUAUUCAUCUUUCAUGGGAGCCACCUGUUUCACCUUCUGGAAAUAUCUUGGAAUAUUCAGCCUACUUAGCUAUUCGUACCACACAAGUACAUGAAAACCCAAAUCAACUUGUAUUUAUGAAAAUAUACUGUGGUCUUAAAACAUCAUGUAUAGUGACUGCUGCACAGCUUUCAAAUGCCCAUGUUGAUUACACCUCCAGACCUGCUAUAGUGUUCAGGAUUUCUGCAAAGAAUGAGAGAGGAUACGGACCAGCCACACAAGUUCGAUGGCUUCAAGAAAUGAAAACAUCAAGUUCAAAAUAGAAGCACCAUAAUAUGUCAAGUGAUGAAUGUAGUGUUUAACAUUUGUAAUAUUUUGUAAAUCCUCCAAAUAUUUUAUUUUUGCAUUGUUUUUAUCUUAAAUUUAUAGAAACACUUUUUUUUACAUUUUGAACAUCAGCAUUAUGCAGCCUUGCUCAGGUUGAACUACCAUAUAUGGAAAUUCUUAUAGUGAAGAUAAAUAAUUAGAUACUGACUAUCUUCUAUCAACAACCAUUUUGACAAUUAAAGUUUUAACUAUCACUGUCUUUUAAAUCUGAAAUUGACACUUGAAGCAGAAUUAAAAUUUGUUACCAUUGCAGGUGCACAAGAUUAUCUGCCACUUGUGCCAGUUUUCAAAGAUUUCGUGGAGAUUGCCUGUGCUGAAAUGUUAUUGCACAGAUAACUUUGUAAA